AUGCCAAAGCCAAGCGUGAGGCCAGAGUUGCGAAGAAGAAUCAGCUGGAACAAAGACGUGCAAGAGAAGAAGGAAAGGGUGUCUGCCCGAAAAGAAAAUAAGAAGAGGAAGUAUGUUUCUCCUCAAGCUUCGAAGAAGAAGUUAGUUGCCAGAAAGUCAAGGAAGGCAACAUCUUCCUCGUCUGAUGAUUCUUAUGAUGAUAAUGCUGGCAAAGAAAUUCCCAUGUAUGACCAAAGAGCUUUGCUUGACAAGCCGUACCAAACACCCUCACCAGCAAAAGUCUCACCUCCGUUGAGAUCUUCACUGAGGCUUGCUCCUGUGCCAUCAGAUAAACCUUUGAGUUCAACUGCCCCAGCAGCGACGAGGAAGUUGCUACCCGAUGAAAAAGCUGAUGCUGCUUCCAAGAAGGCCAAUACAAUUGUUCUUGCUUCCACAGAGGAAUUGGAGUAUGAUUUUGAUCUCAUCUUUGAUAUCAUUAAAGGAGCUUCCUAUGAUGCUGUCGAGGACAAGAAACUCCUCGAGCAAAUGAGGAGGGAUGCCAAAACUGAGCCUGAAAGAAAAGACGUCAACAAGGGGAUUCUCGAGAAUACCAAGGCCCUCACAGUUAUGAGGAAUAACAAGAUCGAGUGGACCUCUAAGCUGACGAUGGAUGUUUCUCAGCUUUGUGAUCAAAGAAAUGAUGAGCUAAAACGUCAAGCAAAUCUUGCUCGUCGAACAGAAAGAGAAGAGAAGCGUCAGAAGGCUAAGGGCAGAGCUCACAAGCCAAAGACAAGCUUAGAUCGUCGCAUUCAACCUCCCCGUUGUGAGCUCCCCUUCCUUCUCCUCUUCCCCUCCGUCGCCGCGCACACUGUCCCGUCGCCGCACGCCCCGCUAGCUCACCCGCACGCCGCGCCUGCUGCUUCCCAGCGGUUCGCGCCCGCCUCCGCACGUGGCUCGCCCGCUCUGCCGCCGCGCCCGACGCCCUGCUGCCUCGAUGGCCAUGCCCGCAGCCACGCGCCGCAUGCCGUCGUCGCGCUCCGCGCCUCACCUCCUAGCCGCCCCGCUCGCUUGCCCGCUGCUGCGCCCGCGCCCAGCGCCGCUGUCGGCCGCGCCCUCCGCCCGGCGCUGCUUCGGCUACCGCGCUCGCCUCCUCCUCGCUUCCAGCCGCCCGCGCCCGCCGUCACCGUGCUAUCCGCCUCCACCGUGCCUGCUUGUCACCGGCCCCGCAUUCCGCCGCCCCCCCCACACACGCCGGUCGGCCAUCGCGGCCGCCCUGGCCACUGGCCUUGCUCCGUCGCACUCCCUUCGGGCGAGCGCCCGCCCAGGCGCGCGUAG